AUGACAGAAACAAAAAAAUCAAAAAUAUUAACUCAUGAACAAUUAGAAGCUAUUUUAAAAACUGAUCAUAUUCGGGAACAUUUAAUUAAAGUUGGUUUAAUCAAUCACCGCGGGGAUAUUAUUCCGAAGGAUGAAUAUAGACAUCGUACUAGACGACGACAUACCUCAAAUAAAAAUUUAUAUUAUAAAACAUCUGCAAGUCAUCAUCCAUCGGUUACAUCGACUGUUAGACGUCCGAAAGAAAAUAUUUCAAAUACAAAUGAACAAGAUCGACCGCAGCCACCUAAUUACAAUUCAACAGAUCGAAAACUUAAAAGUACUUCUAGUGCUCAACCAAAACAAACAAAUAAAGCACCACUUUCAACACGUUUUUCAUCAUCAACAUGGAUAGAGAAUGUUCGAGUUCGUCAAGCAGUCAGUCCACUGGUAUUGUAA